AUGUUUUGGUCUCAUCGCUACUCCCGUCAUGAAAAAGGCAAAUGGGUUCCAAAUCAGAGUAAGCUUGCUCGGAAGCCACCAAUUCGAAUCCCAGAGAGAGAUGUCUCCUCCCUUAUUGCUCAACAUCAACUUACACUCAUUGGCAGAGUCACUAAUCCUACUAUGCAAAGACCUCAAGCGGUAGUUGACUACUUGCCUCAAUAUUGGAAGCUAGAGAACCGAGUUACGGGAAGAAGUCUCGGCUCUGACACGUUCCAGUUCAAAUUUACUGCUGAGGAAGAUCUUCAAGACAUUCUAUCGAAGUUCCCUUUCCACUUCAGGAAAUGGAUGCUCAUCCUUCAGAAAUGGGAGCCCAUUAUCGCUCAACCUUUCCCCUCUUCCAUUGCUUUUUGGAUUAAAAUACAUGGAAUUCCACUACACUACUAUACAUUGGAUACUAUAGAAGCUAUAACUGAAGAGUUAGGGCCCAUUAAAGCAAAAGACGCUGACCAGAUGAGAGUUCGCGUGGAGGUAAACGGUCUCCAACCUCUCGAAAUGGUCAGAGAUGUUGAGCUUCCCUCCAGCGAGAUUAUUCAGGUGGAAUUAGAGUAUGAGAAACUCAAAAAACACUGUUUCCACUGUUUCUCUCUAACUCAUGAUGAGCUCACCUGCCCCCUAUUGGCACCUGAUUCCCAAAAGGCAACUCGUCCCCUUGGCAUCAAUCAACAACGGACUCUAAGCCGCAUUGAAGCUGAUAAGAAAAGACAUGAUGAAAGGAGAAGUUAA